AUGAUCACCAGAAAUAUAAGUGUGCAGUCAGGUCUCUGCAAUGGAACAUUUGCACGCAUUGCAAAAAUAGUGACUAAAGCAGGAAAUCCGCAUGUUGAAAAACUCGGACUGAAACUUAACAGUCAAAGUGCAGCAGCCAGCGAAGCAGAUGUGGAUGAAAACAUCGUGUACAUUGACAGAGACGAGGAGAACCUUAAACAGACGGGAGUUGUCAGAAGACAGUUUCCCAUCAAGCUCGCUUUUGCGUGUACAAUACACAAAGUUCAAGGGAUGACAACUUCCUCGGCCGUGGUCUCACUGAAACACAUCUUUGAACCCGGCAUGGCCUACGUUGCUCUGAGCAGAGUGACCUCUCUGAGUGGACUCCACAUUCUAGACAUGGAUGAGAGGAAAAUCUAUUGCAACCCUGAAAUCACUGUAGCUCUUGAAAACAUGUCUAAAGCUUCACUUGAACAUGUCAUGCCUCUCCUCAAGAUCCCAGAAACAUUGAGCAGGCCAGACACUCUCACUGUCAUUCAUCACAACACAGAAGGACUACCAGCUCAUAUCACCGACAUCAAAAGUCACCAUGAACUACAUCUUGCAGACGUGCUCUGUCUCACUGAAACUCAUCUGCGAGGAUCCUUUGUUGCUGAGAGUCUCCACCUUGAAGGCUACAACAUGUUCAAACGUAACAGAAACAUGUCUUACUCAAACCAUCCUGCCAUGGCCACUAAAAACGGUGGCGGAGUUGCCAUCUAUGUGAAAGAACACAUCAGAGUCCUUGAGAGACAUUUCAUUCAAAAUGCCACUGAUAUUGAGUUCAGUGUCAUCAAACUUGAAGCUCCUUUCAGGGCUCUAAUUGCUGCCGUCUACAGGCCUCCUGACUACGAUGUUCACUCAUUCAUAUCCAACCUCAGAAGUCUCUUGGAUUCACUGGAAGUCAUGGAUCAUCAUCCCAUCUUAGUCUGUGGAGAUUUUAAUGAAGAUUUGCUGUCCAGAGCAAGGAAGCCCAUUCUUGAACUGUUCCAGUCCAAAGGUUAUGAACAACUCAUAACUGCUGCAACCACAGAGAAGAACACGCUGCUUGACCCCAUUUUCAUCUCUUGCCCGCAGUCCUGUAUCCAUUCUGGCGUGCUGCGGACAUACUACAGUUAUCACCACCCUGUCUAUUGCGUGCUCACUUUAGAAACACCCUAA